AUGGAGGAUAUUUCGACUUCUGCUCUACGCAUUCUUAAGCAAUUCUACACUCAGCCAAACGAAAACAAUGGUGGCAACUACAAUGACUAUGAUCAAUUUUGUCUCCAUACUAAAGCCUUGAUUCUCCGAUCAAUUCAAAAAAGGAUGGAUUACUAUUUUCACGAUGGGGUUCUUGAAUCCAUGAUCCUCGUCGAUGAACUCGACCGCGGACGGGGCGUACAUGCCUCUGACGCCAUGCGGAAAGCUUUUUGCGCCCUUGCUGUACAUCGUACGCUGAUGUGGUUACACUUGUCGUGGGAUGACUAUUUUGACGCCGUACGGAGGAUUUGGGUAAAGGAAAUUGGGGAUUUGGAGCUGUCUGGUGCCUCCUGCCUUAUUUCAACUGAUUUAGCUAGAUGGAGGAAGGAUAUCGAAGCGGCACUGUGGGAUCGAGAGACCGCUAAGAGGCUAUUACGCAUUGAAACUGCUGAUGAAGUGCGGCGCCUAGUUCGAGUUUAUUUAGAGGAGGCCUUCAAACCUAAAAGAUUGCAUUCUGAAGGCUCUCAAGGCCAUGGAAAUAACGAACAGGGGGCACCUAAUGAGGCCAUCAAAAAAGACCAUGACAGUAUAGAUGGAAAUGCUCUUAUUCCAUUUGCUAAUCAUACGGGAGAACCCUCUCAAACUAAGGAGGGGAAUGAAGAUUUUAGCAGGGCUAGGCCCAAGAAAGUGCCAAGCACCAAGGACAGGAAUGCCACUGCUCGCACUGAGGCUUUAAAUCCUAAUCGUAAUCUCCUGCUGUUUUCUUUUUCUUUGGAGGAUUCAGUUGAUGACUCUUCCCAAGGGACAAAUAGAUGCACUUUACCAAGCCCCAGGACAGAACACAUCUCUCUCCUAAACGUAGACGAACCUAAAAGGUGGAUGAGACGGAGAAAAGUAAAUAAAUGGACCUACGAGGAAGAAAAUGCUUUGGCAGAGGGUGUACGAAAGUAUGGAUACCAGUGGACACGCAUAUUGGAAACCUAUCAAGAAAUAUGUAGAGAGAGAACUGCUGUUGACCUCAAAGAUAAAUGGAGAAACUUGCAAAGGAAAUGA